AUGGCGACCCUGAGCCUCCUAGAGGUCCCCUCGGAAGAGGCCUUCAAGCAACACACAUCGGCUGCCCCUCCUUCACACCUGCACGUAAUUUACUUCCACACUCCCUGGGCGGCGCCCUGUGCACAGACAAACGCCAUCCUCUCCGCCCUGGCCUCGACCUACCCUUCAUCCCGCGCCGCCGAUCUUUCCUUCCUCUCCAUAAACGCCGAAGAACUGCCCGAUGUCUCCGAAGAAUACGAUGUGACCGCGGUGCCGUACCUGGUCCUUCAGCGAGAUGGGAAGACGCUGGAGACUGUGAGUGGGAGCGACGCAGGCAAACUAAGAGCAGCGGUUGAGAGACACGCUGGCACUGGCUCUAACGCCGCCAAUGUCAACGGCAACGGCAGUGCGUCGGUGCCACCGCCGCUGAAGGCGGAGCCACAGAACCACGCGCAUACGAACGGAAGUUCAGAGCAGCCGACCUCGACAAAGGACUCGGGCUCUUAUGUAUCUAAGCCUUCAGAUUCGCAGGCCGCGUCGGGGGCCGAGGCCACAGAGGAGUUGAAUGAGCGGUUGGCGAAGUUGGUCAAAGCUGCGCCGGUUAUGCUCUUCAUGAAAGGAACCCCCAGUGCGCCGCAAUGCGGGUUUAGUCGACAGCUCGUCAGCAUUCUGCGCGAGAACCAAGUGAAAUAUGGAUUUUUCAACAUCCUUGCCGACAAUGAUGUGCGCGAGGGCCUCAAAGUGUUUUCCGACUGGCCUACUUUUCCGCAAUUGUAUACGAAUGGGGAGCUCAUCGGUGGGCUUGAUAUUGUCCGUGAAGAGCUCGAAGCCGACCCGGACUUCUUCAAGCCUUUUAGCGCAACUACCACCGCGUAG